UCGCUUGACCACCACAAUCACACAUUGUAGUUUUGACGGCAGCAGCAAAAAUUGUAAUUCACAAUUUAAUUUAUUUAAUUCAUUAGAUGCACAAAUUAGGCUGUGUAUUUUAUUAAUUUUUUUUUCGUAAAAAACAAAACGUAUAAUUUUGUGUACGCGCACAACAGGGAACAUCUGGUGUUUCUCAUAGCAAUUGCAAUCGCUACGAGUGCCCUGGCCAGAACACACAUAACAAGUGGUUUUCAAUUCAUUUCGACGGUGUACCAGAAGAGCUGCAACCAAAAAUAAUUGCUGGAGUAAAGAAAUAUUUAUCUACGUGGAGGUUACGUCUAUAUGAAUGGAGAUGCAGUCAAAAUUCAACCGCCUGUUUACACCAAUGUUCCUGUUGAAACGGCUAUGUUAGCCACAAAUCUGUUUGGCACCACAACGCAAAUUGCAGCUCCGCAAUCAGCAGCAGCAGCCGCUCACAUACCGUUGAUUACAGCAGCAGCCGCUGUAGCAGGUGGAGGCACAGGAGCAACAGGAACAGUAGGAGCACCACCAACAGUACAGCCCGCGCAGCAUCCACAACAACAGCAACCACAACAACAUCCACAUCAGCAACAGCAGCAACAACAACAGCAGCAGCAGCAGCAGAUCAUUUCUCAUACGCACGCCCACGCUGUGGCAGUUGCCGCUGCAGCUGCCGCACAGCAACAACAAUCAGCGCAGACCAUCCAAACGGCAGUUACGCCGGGCCAAGUGCAUCUGCAGACGCAUCCAGUACAGCAUUUGCAGCAGCAGUACGGCCAUCAUCCGGCUCAACAGCCGACGCUGCCGUCCACUGGCGAUAGCAUUCAGGCAAAUCACGCAAUCGACAAUACUGAAUACGCCAUCAUGAAUGGAGCCAUUACUCAGACUCAAGAUGGCAACCUCGUCUGCUAUACAACAGAGGCCCUCGUACCUGGCGUAAACAAUACGAAUUUAGUUGCACUCGAGCAGCAGCAGCAGCCGCAGCCAGAACUACUCCCACAGCAUCAGCAGCAACAGCAGCAGCAGCAGCUAGCAGCUGAUGAAUGUGGAAUGCCAUUGGACAAGCUAAAGCAAAUGCUGGCCACACAGCUGGACUAUUACUUUUGCAGAGAGAAUCUGGCAACCGAUACUUAUCUGGUGUCCCAAAUGGACAGCGAUCAAUAUGUGCUCAUUAAGACAGUGGCCAAUUUUAAUCUUGUUAAGAAACUAACAAAGGACAUAAAUUUGAUUACCGAGGUGCUGCGCGAAUCGCCCAACGUUCAAGUGGAUGAUGAAGGUUUGCGCGUGCGCCCCAACCACAAGCGUUGCAUCAUCAUUUUACGUGAAAUAUCCGACAACACACCACUCGAUGACGUCAAGGCGCUGUUCAGCAGCGAGAGCUGUCCGAGACCCAUUGCCUGUGAGUUUGCAGCAAAUAAUUCGUGGUAUAUCACUUUCGAGUCGGAUGAGGAUGCGCAAAAAGCUUUCAAGUAUUUGCGAGAGGAAGUCAAAGAGUUUCAGGGAAAGCCUAUAAUGGCGCGCAUCAAGCCCAAAUCGUUUAUCAACAGAAUAGCUGCUGUACCAAAUAUCAAGAACGGAUUUCGUCUCAAUUCACCGCCAACGGCCACAGUCUAUGACCCAGCAGCUGCAGCAGGAGCAGCUGCAGCCGCUGCUGCUGUUAGCUAUAAUGCGGCACCACAACGUUUCGUCUAUGCGCCCAAUGGUGCGCCCUUAACGACAGCAGCGGUGCCGUACAAUGCACAGGUGUUGAUUCCCUUUCAGCAGCAACAAUUCUAUACAGGUCUAAUGGCUACACCUUGGCCAACGACCACAGUGGCAGCAGCCACAGCGGCGCAAGGUCAAAAUUUCUAUGAGUUUGGCAAUAUAUUUGCUGCCAACGGUCUAGCACCGCAGGCCGUUGCGGCCAAUUUCACAACUGCACCACCACCACCCACCACACAAAUUGUCAGCAAUAAGCCGCAGGGCGGUGGCGGCGGUGGUGGCGGUCGCUACAAUAGCAAUCAUCGCGGCAAUCCUAACAAUAUAAGUGGUACUGGAAAUGGACCACGUGGCGAGCCGCGCAAUAAACCACCGCGUAAUACCCAGCAGCAACAGCAAACGCCAUCGCAUAAUAUUAUAAUGCCCACGGCUGUGCGUAGUAUCAGUGUGGUACCAGCUGCCGUACUCGAUCCACUACAGCAAGUACCUCUCCAGCAACAACAACAGCAGCAGCAGCAACAGGUGCAACAGCAUCAGCAGCAGCAACAACAACCUGCAAGCCAGCAGGUGCAGCAGCAACAACAACAAAUGGUGGCUACCAAUUCAGCUGGCUCAGCGCGUUAUCCACUGAAAAGUAAUUGGAAGGGUGGCAUGCAAAAGAAUGUGGACAAGAGCUAUGGUAACCAUUAUCACUACAGCAACCAGGUGCCAACUCUACCCAGCAGCCAUGGCCACCAUCAGUCUCAGCAGCAACAACAGCCACAAGCCCAUUUUAUAUUCCCUGCGGCCAGCACGACACACUCCACCUAUGCGACUAGCUCACAGCCAACACUUACACCUCAGUCUGGCCAGCAGCAACAGCCGCAACAGCAGCACCAUCCACAAAUGGUGGUACAUGCCGCUCAGCCUAUUGAACUACAGGAGGCAACUGCCGGGGAAAAUGUUGUAGUUGUUGAACAUGCAACCAGCUCGCAGCAUGGUCGAAGCAACAUCUCAGCCAGCUCCUCUUCAUCGCUGGCCACUUCCAUCGGCGGCAAGGAGCCACAGCCGAUGCAUUGGCAAGCGCGGCCACGACGUCGUCGACGUGAUGAAGAUGGUAGUGCCCUCAAUUAUUCGCCUGGCGGUCGUGUUAAUAUCUAUGCUAGCUCGCAACAACAGUUGCUUUCCUCAUCGUCCGCCUCAUCCACAAGCAACGUUCAGUCUACGAAUCGCGAGAGUCACUAUAACACUCAUGAAUCGCAACAGCAGCAGCAACAACCGGCUCCGCCGCAAAAUCGCGGUAAUUACAAGGGCAACAAUUACAAUCCCAACUAUCAUGCUCAGCAGCAUGCGGCUUCCAUGUCGCACCAUCAUCAUCAUAACAAUCACAAUCACAACGCGCUGCCCUCGCAACAGCAGCAGCAGCAGCAACAUCAUGUGCCUGCUGCACAGCAGAGUUCGGGGCAUAAUUAUCAUCAUCAUCACCAUCACAACUCUAUUGGCAGCAAUGUGGGUAAUAGCGGCGGUCUAAGCGUUAGCAGCGGCAGCAACAACAAUAAUAACAGCAACAAUAAUAGUGGAAGCAGCGGCAACAAUAUGUCAAACAAUAUUGGAUCAAGUAGCACCAGCGGAGGUGGCGCUGCUGGCAGCAACAAUAGCGAGCGAGGCGGAUUACAUCAUGGCAUCAGCAUGGGUUAUCAGGGUCACAAUGCGCAUCAGCAACAGCUGCAACAACAGCAACAGCAACAACAACAGCAGCAACCACCCGCUCCAGUGCAGCCGCCGCAAUUUGAUUUAGAGGCUUCGGCUUUUCCGCCAUUGCCUGCGACUUCGGCUCCGGCACAUGGAGCACACCAUCAUCAGCAUCAUCAUCAUCACAGCAAUCAGGCUUCCAUGAAUAACUCCAAUAGCAACAACUCAACGGCAGGUGGCUUAACCGCUAAGCCACCUCCACCAACUCAAGCUCAUCAACAGGGUCAGGCUCUACUCGAGUGCAGUGGAGGAGGCGAGGAGCACCGAUCAAGCAAUCACCCGAAUACGGAGAGCAAUGCUAACAGCAAUAGCUCCAGCAACACGUCAACGGCUGUAGCUGCACCUACAGCUGCAAGCGGCAAUUGGGCAACCGAGAAUCGACUCGCAGAUGUCGUACGCACGGGCAACAAAGGUAAAGCACGCAAGGACGCUGCUGCUGCUGCAGCACACAACAGACAACAUCAGCAGCAGCAACAACAGCAGCAGCAGCAGCAUUUGCCUCAGCACUAUCAACAGCAACCGCAGCAGCAGCAACAGCAGCGUAAUCUGGCCAUUAGUCCCACGCCAGGAAUGGUGGUCGUGGUGCCCUCUGAAGAGCCGGCACGCCCAUUGGGCAACAAUACUAAAAACUUUACUAAGCAGAGCUCUAGUAAUAACCCGAUCCAUGUGAUAAAGUGUAUAACACCAAAUAUCAAUGCCAGCAACAAGGCGACGACAACAACAGCUGGUGCUGUUGGAGAAGAUGGAGCAGGAGCGGCAGCAGCAGCAACAGUCUCUGCUGCUGCUGGUGCUACUGUUGGCGCUGAUAAAUCAAACAAGACUGAGGAUGAAUUACAUCCAAUACACGGCAACAAGCAGCAGCAGCGCUUAAUCGAGGGCUAUGGCCAACAGCAGCAGCAGCAGCAACAUAUGACAAAUGACUAUGGGCAUAAUAUAUCGAUCUCGGGCGCUGGCGCCUGCCUAAACGAGCUGAGUCUUACCAGCCAGCACCACAAGAAGCAGCAGCAGCUGCUAUCUGCCACCAAAAAGGAGCUCAACAAGGAUGCCAGCAAACACAAAAGCGUCGCAACCUCCACCUCAAACUCCGCCUCCUCCAAUUCAGUGUCAACAGAGAAUAUUGCUGCUGCAACAGCUUCUAAACUGAGCUAUGCACAGGUGGCACAGCAUCAUAAGGCAGCCUCGGAUAGCAAGGAUGGUGGCGCUUUAUCUCCUACAACCACGAGCCACAAGCUUGAAUUAGUCUUUGGGGAUGCUGCCGACAAAAUCGCAUUGACUGUAACAACAGAUAAACGUCUGGCAGCAGCUCCAACUGCCCCGCAGGUGGGCAAAGGCCAUACUGGCGGGGCUGUUGCUGUUGUUACCAAGGAAAAAGACUCUGCUCAUUCGCGCGAGUCGCGUUCAAAUGCAGCGCAGAUUGCCGGCGCCUUGCGUCCGCAGAGCAAAGAGAAACCAAUGCAGCAGCAGCAACAACAUCAGCAUUACGGAUCUGGUUCAUCCACUGAUCAUAAUACGAACACCGGCGGUGGUGGUCGUAAAUCUAGAGCCAAUAACUCUUAAAAGAAAAGGAAGUCGCCGAAUCCGCGACAAAUGUGAACUCCAAAUCUUUGCUAGCCUUGAUGCAGUAAGGUGCAUCAUUAAAAAGCUAACCCCAUCAUCCAACUACACACCCCUUCUGUACAUAAAUUCCAUGUGUAAAUACAAGCAAACGCCGUUUUUUGUUAUAUAUCUAUAAGCGCUAUAUAGAUAUGUUUACGAGCUAACCAAGGAGGCAUACAUAAGUUGUCGUCGCACUACAGUGAUUGAAGGGCGACCAGCUUGGACCAGUUAUCAUAUAAUAUAAAAGAGUAGACAAAGGAAUAAUGGUGCAUAACAUUAAUGAAAACAAAACACACAAACACACACACAAACAAACAAACACACACACACACACACACACAA